CAGAAUAGAUUCGAUCAAUAGAUUGAGUUUUGAGGCAGAGAUGAAGAAGCCUCUGAAAAUUUCGCUGGUUACCUCAAAAUUAAACUGUAUUUCAAAUUGUGGUGGUUACUUUGGCAAUGGCUUCUUUCAGCUCUUGGAGACUUUUGAACUAGUUCAGAGGUUUUGUGACAUUCGUUUAGACGAAACCUCCAAAUUGCGAGGAGGUGAACAACUUCUGUCAUUGUAGCCAACCAUGCAAAAUGUACUCCCAACAAAGCGGCCUUUGGUGCCGCAGCACGGCAGCAGUGCCAGAGGUUGUAAGACUCCGUAAUCAGAGAUACGACGCAGGACCAAGGAUAAGUCAAUGGGAAGUAGAGGACCCCAGUUCUGGAGAUGGAAUUGAUGAAGAUGAAGAAGAUCAUUUGAUGGGAUGCCAUGCCCUUGUCAAAACCCUUCAAGAGGACACGGAUAUAAGAAAAUACUACAAAACAAAAGGAGCUCUGGGUAAAGGGUGUUACUGUGAGACUUUCGAGGUUGUGCCUGUACAUGAUUCUCGGAGGAGAUUGGCAAUGAAAAUACAACCAAAGAAAGAUGCAAUUUCCAGCCUUCCAGGCCGUGAGCACGUUCAGAUGUUCAGAUUGUAUAGAGAGAUUCUGGUUCUGAACAGGAUACUUCCCAGACACAAGAACAUAGCCAAAAUUGAAGACGUGCUGGUGAGCAAGAACAACGUGUACAUCGUACAAGAAUUAUGUGACAAGAGCUCUCUCAAAGACUUCUACCCCGUCGCCGACAACGUCAGUGGAGCCAGAGUCUUCAAGCAAUUGGCUGAGGCGAUCCACUUCUGCCAUCAGCAUGGCGUUUUUCACAAUAAUUUGUGUGCAGACAACGUCCUCUUUGCCGGCCCUGACUUCAAGGAAUGCAAGAUUAUAAAUUUCGGCCUCUCUGAAUAUAAAUCGAAAGAGGCCACCAAAACUUACAAACGCUUCAAUCCAGGAGAUUGGUUCAGCGAAGAACAACUCAAUGAACGUCAACAUGUCUCGCUCCUGAACGAUGAGAAAGAUUUGGGCAAAAUAUUGCUCUCGAUGAUGUCUGGGACGGCCACCACGAUUGAAUAUUCUGGCUGGCCGUCAGAGAAGCGGCUCGGCACGUUCGUCCCUAGAAUGGAUAGGUUCGAUGAAAGGGCCCUGGAUUUGCUCUCGAGAAUAGGGCCCCCUCCGUUUGGACCCGAGGAUGAGAAGGACGUCCUGCCUGUGGACCAGAUCAUUAAUCAUCCGUGGCUUACAGCAGCAAACGAAGCUCCUGUCGUCAAGAACUUAGACAGGGAGUUCUCAAUGUUGCGAGACGAUUUGACAGUACUUGCAAAGCUCUUCAGUGACAGGUCCAUGACCCCUCUGAAGGUCCUGACACAAGAUGAGGAGCUGAAUGAGCACUACCAGAUUCUAGGAAACCUUCAAAGAGGCGCAUUCGUGACGACACUCUUCGAAUGCACAGAUACUCCAACUCGUACCUGGCGACACGCCAUGAAAAUGUAUGAGAGGAAGGGAGAUCCAUCGAUCAGCCCUGACGUCGCUGCAAGGCCACUGAGAAUAUACAAUGAACUGAUGAUUAUCCUGAGAAUACUUCCCAGACACCCAUUUAUUGUGGAUGUGUAUGAUGUGCUGGUUCAUAAGAACUUCGCGGUUGUGGUGCGGGAAUUGUGUGAAAGGCACACGCUGGAGGACUUUUUGCCGUUUUACCGAAAUGAAAGAGGACGCCUGAUCUUCAAGCAGAUUGCGGAGACGGUUCGCUUCUUGCAUCGAUUCGGUGUGGUGCAUAUGAACUUGCACUGCCAACAUAUCGUCUUCGUUAACCACAUCUCCAGUCAAUGGAAGCUCGUGGAUUUCAGUAAUGCUCUUUAUGUCCCGACUUUGGCUCAAUACAGUCGCCAGGACUUCGAUACCAGGAGGUGGAUUACCCCUGAGCUCUCGAUCAUGGCAGAUGACGCCAAUCCUGAAGUAGAUGUCCGAGCCGUGGGACAGAUUCUGCUUGCGCUGCUCGGGUUGCGGCCGCAAGGAGCUGAUCCCGUCUCACAAGGAAGACAAUGUGACGCAGCUGCUUUGGAUUUGCUGUCAAAGAUUGGCCCGCCCCCUUUUGGAUCACAUGUUGGACAGCGCACGUUGACGAUGGAGGAAGUAUGUUCUCAUCCAUGGCUUGCUGAGAUCUGAGAUCACUGGGAUGAACAUCAGACCAGUUGGAUCAGACAAUGCCAUCAUGUCCAGAUCAAACUCGGAGGGAUCUACAUGCCCGCCGCAUGUGAGUUCCACAACUCCUCGUGUCUAGAUGUUUCAGUGACUCUGAUCAUUCUUAGCUCGUCAUCUUCGGCUUUACAAUGCCACCAUGGCCGACGUAGAGGCAAUGACGACGAUAGAUGGGCCGAACAUUUCUUCUGCAACGAACUCACCGAUGCCGGAUCCCUCUCAAAACAUACUCCACAUGCACAAAUUGUACACAAUCAAAACUCGCAAAUCUGAACGUCUUCAUUCAGUCCCCGUGAAGACUAAACGUAUAACCACCCACCAUCGCCCAAGAUAUCCAUCCUCUUCAUUCAGGUACCACCAAGCCUAGCAGCAUUUAAUUUGCAAGGUCCUGAAAGAUUCUUGAAGACAAAGUGAGAAUUCCACGAAGGUCAGUCUGCAAUUGGAAGAGAGAGGAAGAGGAAAGAUGUUUCUUGUCCAUAGACAUAGGAUAUGUUUUGUUGUCUUGAGGAUUGUUUUCUUCAAAGGCCCAAACUGCAAACUUUCCAAAGCCAAAGGACGAGGUCAGAUAUGGGCUCCACAAGUUGCAGUGCAAAGGUGACCAGGGUCUUCUUCAGCAAUUCCGCUCUUAGACAAGGUUUAGGAUUAUUGGCAUAGAGUCUCACCUUCAUUACCAUUAAACUACUGUGAGUCGGCAGCUUGAAUCAAGAACUUAUCCAAGUCAUGGCUUAAAUCCAAUCUACUUUCGCUGUAGCCAGAGGAAUUCGUGUGAAUGUGACUGAUUGGAUGUUCAGCCUCGAGGGUCAAUAAAGGAACAUUAUUUCAUCGAAUCUUUUGCCACAACAUGAGGAUCUGUCAUGUUGUGGUAAAGGCAGUUAAGCGAGAAUCAUGCUUUUUGCUAUCUAACAAGAACCAUAUUAGGCGACACGUGUAUAUUUCACAUUAGUCGUAUAAUUUACUAUAAACAAAACGAUUCUUUCAAUAUUAUGAGAGCACUAGCAUGUGAGAUGAAUAAGAGAGCAUCAUGACUGCUCUCUUAUUGAUAAUUGAGCAAUCAUG